AUGGGAAACCUGAACACUUGGCAUCAGAAUCACACUCAAAACCUUGAAGGUCGUUUAAGCAAUGUUCAAGAUUGGAUUGCUUUUCUAGAUGUUAAAGGGGAGGACGAUGAUCUUUUACUAGAAGAAAUUGAGGAGCUUCAUUCUCUAUCAGCAAAUUUAUGUUCCUUAUCACGCAUUAACACCAGCAUGCAAUGGCAGAAAUCUAGAUUACUUUGGUUGAAAGAGGGCGAUGCUAACUCUAAGUAUUUUCAUUGCAUUAUGUCCUAUAUGCGGCGACCAAAUUCCAUAUUUUCUUUGAUUGUUGAUGGCACUACUGUUGAAGGUCAGUGUGGAGAGCUAACCAAACCUUUUUCAGUUGAGGAAGUUAAGAAAGCUAUUUGGGAUUGUGACAGUUUCAAAAGUCCUGGACUAGAUGGUGUUUAUAUGGGUUUUGUUAAGGGUUUCUUGUCGGAAUUCCGCUAUGAUUUUAUGCGCUUUAUAUUUUAUUUUCACAGGAAUGGGAAAUUGUCAAAAGGUAUCAACAAUACUUUUAUUGCUUUAAUUCCAAUAGUUGAGUGUCCUCAACGCUUGAAUGAUUUCCGACCAAUUUCUAUGGUUGGAAGUUUAUACAAAGUUCUAUCAAAGGUCCUCUCAAAUAGAUUGUGA